AGUAAACUUCAGUCUAUCAUGGGGACUGCUAUGCUUAUAUCAUUUCUUCUAUUUUGCAUAAUUUUUGAAGUUGUUUAUUCCUCAGUUGAAUUUUUAAAUCUAACAUACGUAGAACCUGAAUAUUUGGAAAAUCUGUUGACAACAGGCCAAUAUGAAGAAUUCGCUAGAUUGCUUCAAAUUGAUGAUGUUAACUUGGUGAAACCUGCAGAAGGAAAACGUUCUGAUGAUCCCAUGUUUAAUGAAGGUCUUGAAGGUGGCGACAUCUUAUUGAGACCCUGGCAACGAGAACAAGCGAGGCAAGGGGUGAUCUGGGCAAGUAGUGACAAUUCAAAAUGGAAAAAAGUUGUGCCUUACGUCAUUGACAGAAAAGGCUACACCGCAGCUGAGAGAGCAGCCAUUUUGAAAGCUAUAGUGAAAUGGAAUCGGGAUAUGUUCUGGUACAUCCGUUUCCGCCCUCGCGUGUUCGACAAAGACUAUGUCAUGUUCUUUAAUGGAACAGGGUGUUAUUCUAACCUGGGAAAAGUGGGUGGUCAACAACCCAUCUCUCUGAGAGCAAACGGUUGCCUGACUGAAGGUACCAUCCUGCACGAGAUGGCCCAUACCGUAGGCAUCAUUCAUGAGCACGACCGACCGGACAGGGACAAGUACAUAAAGAUAUUACCUCAAAAUAUUCCUAAAGAAUGGCAAUCCCAGUACGAGAAAUCGAGUUACCAAGAUGUCCAGAUCCUGGGGCCUUACGACUACUAUUCCGUCAUGCACUAUCCGAUUCCAGCGCCCCACACACACCUGCCCUCCUUCGAGGUCCUCCAGAAAGGCAUCGACCUCAGCAGGAUCGGACAGCGGGAGGAACAGACACAGAUAGAUAAAGACAAGAUCAAGAGGCUAUACAGCUGAAUGUACGAACUAAGGGGAGUGGAUAUAUAGCUGGAUGUACAAACGAUGCUUAAUUUGUU